CGGCGCGGAGACAGAGGGAGAUCGGCGGACAAACGUUGUAUUUCGGCUUCCUUGAACGUGUUUAUACUGAGACGUUGAAUGCAUUUUAAAUAGUCGGAUAAAAGCCGGAGGAAUUUUGCACGGUGUCACGACAGAGAAGGCCACACUGCAUCCUCGGCGCGCAGUGACAAGUCACCCGCACGGGGGACUAUACUACAACUGUAACAGAGGUAAGACGGUGAUCCGGGAGGGAAGGAAGGCCCGGGCUUGUUACAGGAGACCUGCGGAGAAAAGUGGAGAGCGCCGCCUGACGACCGCUUGGAACCGGGGCGCCGCAGCCACGAGAGAGCGGUGCGUCUCAGAAAGGCAGGGGAAUCUGGAGAGCGCCACCGUUUGCUCGCCACGGGCCAUUACACAGGGGUACACGGUGGAGAAUGGAGGGAGACGAAGUGAUCGGAGAAAUAAAGUCUGCGCCCCUCCUGUGCACCAGCCCCGCAGUGACAAUGGGUGACCAGCAGGAGGAGAUGGAGGGCUUGUACGUGCAGCACCAGUAUAUGUGCAGCGAGUGCCACCAGCUGUUCAAUACAUUGGAGGAGGUUCUGGUGCAUCAGCAGAGUCAUACCGGCCCCGACGGCGAGGAGGCAGAGGCGGCGGUGGCCGUGGCGGGCAGUACAGACCCCCACCAGGCCCUGGUGGGCCAAGGGGAGAGCCAGUAUCAGUGCCUGGAGUGUGGAACCCUGCUGAGAAACCCAGAGGAGCUGCUUCUACACCAGGAGCUGCACAUGAGAGAGGGGGCGGUGGAGGCAGGCCAGGAGCUGUGUGAGGUGGUGGCAGCCGGCGAGUCGGGAACGGCGCCCCCGCUGUCUGGCCAGAUACAGUACCAGUGCCUAGACUGCCUGGCCCUCUUCGAUACCCCGGAGGUGUGGUUGGCACACAGACAGACACACAACAAGAGCGGAGGGCAGAGCAGCAGCACCGACACCGAGUUCGUGCUGCAGGCCGACGGCACUGUCACGCCGCUGGUCAACGUUCAGAAUCUGAUCGUCAGUGAGCAGCAAGCCGGGGAAAUUCUCACCCUGGCCCAGGUCCUGGCAGCCCAGCAGCAGCAGAUGUCCUCCCUGCCUUCGACACCACCCCGGACUGCUCUUCUCCCAUCCGUGUCCCCCGUACAAGGCUCGGCAACCCUGCAGCUGCAGAUCUGCACAGCCCAGUCUCUGGCAGAUGGUUCGGCGGGGCCCCCCCUCCGGAGGGCCAGGCUGCUGCCCCCGCUUCUGCCUAGCCCGUUGGAAUCCAACGGUGGGAGGACGGUUGGUGUGGCGACGGUUCCGAUCCGGUCGGCGGAGCCCGGAGAGGCGAAGAUGGACGAUGAAAGCCAGGUGGUCAUCAUCCACCCCUACGAGUGCUCCGAGUGCGCCCUACUCUUCCAAACACCCGAGGACUUCCUGCAGCACCAGGGCGAGCAUUUCCUGGGCCAGGACAAGGAGAGUGGGGAGGAAGGGCUAAUGGAGGGCGAAGGGGAUGACGAGGAUGAGGCAGAGGAUGGGUAUCGGCUGGGUGAGAGCGACCACCCCGGGCAGGAGAGACUCAGGGUGGUGGGCACCCCCCAGAGACGGCAACAGCUCGGCCUGCCGCGCCCCCGCCAGCCCUCUGCCGCUGUAUCCGUACCGCUGCAGUGCACCGAGUGCCAGCGUACCUUCACCUCAGCCAACCGGCUGGCUGCUCACCGCCGCGUCCACGAGCACGGCACGCACGAGUGCCCUGAGUGCGACAAGGUGUUCAAGAAGCCGGCGUCGCUGCAGACACACAUGCGCACGCACUCUGGCGAGGCCCGCUACCUCUGUGUGGACUGCGGCCAUGGCUUCACCACCGAGAUGACGCUGGUCAUACACAGGAAGACCCACACGGCAGAGCCUCUCCAUCGCUGUCAGUUCUGUGCCAAGACCUUCACCAACAUGACCAAGUUCCUGUACCACCGGCGAACACAUAUGGCUCGGGCUCCCUCUACUCCCAUUACCAUGAUCCCCACAGUCCCCAGACACCUGCCCCUGUCACACCUCAGCGUCUUGCAGAAAGCCAGGGAGCAGGAUGAGGUCGCUACCAGGGAGCGGGAGGCCGCGGCCAUUGCUGUGUUCACGCCAGUGGAAGCCGAGGCAUACGGCGACCCCUGCGGGGUGGAGACUGGUACUGCGGGCUCCCAGAAGGAAGAAGGAGCCACUGCGGCCGGGGAGGAGAAUGGGCUGGAGCCAGAGCCUGACCCGGAUCAAGUUCGGGGAGCACAGGGCAGCGAGAUGUCUCACCCCACCGACAUGGCCGAUGUCCUGGUGGGAGACUCGCAGCCCGACUCUUCUGGACUGGCAGCGACCCUGUCCCAAGCCUCCGAGUUCCCGUGCCCAUCCUGCGGUAAGGCGUUCCCUUCGCAGCUGCGGCUGGUGCGUCACCGGCGCACGGUGCACGUGGCUGAGCGCCGCUUCAAGUGUGGCGUGUGUGGCAAGCCCUUCAAGAAGCGCAUCCAUGUGCGCAACCACCUGCGGACGCACACAGGCGAGCGGCCCUUCCAGUGCAGUGACUGCGGCAAGACCUUCUCGUCCCUGGCCAACCUGUCGCGGCACGGGCUGACGCACUCGGGCCUGCGGCCGUACCGCUGCGACGUCUGCCACAAGGCCUUCACACAGUCAUCCAACCUGCGGCAGCACCGCCUGCUGCACUCCAACCCUCCUCCCUGUCCCUGCCCUGACUGCCCCGCCACCUUCCUGCGCCCAGCCAAGCUGGCCAUCCACCGCUACACCCAGCACCCCGGGGCCCCCGCACCAUACCCUUGCCCCCACUGCCCCUCAGGCUUCCUGCGUAAGCGCCUGCGGGAUCGCCAUUGCCUUGAGGUGCACCCUCACCUGGCUCACGCUGACACUCCCCCCGACUCCCUCUCCAUGCCCCCCAGCCAGCCUCCACCAGGGGGCGAUUCCCACCUUCCCGGUUUGGUGCUCGCCGUGCCAGCGGAGGGAGGCGAGACCUCCAACGGGGCCAGCAUUCCUGGUCCACCGGAAACGGCAGCCCCAGUUUGCCGUGGGGGUUUGGACUGCACUAUGUGCGGGAAGCGGCUAAACUCGGCGGCCAACCUGCGGCUGCAUCAGCUGAGCCACACCUCCAGGCGUCGCCGCGCAACCUCAGCGGCUGGCCGUACCAAAGGCCACCAAUGUCCCGUGUGCGGCAAGCUGUUUGUGUCCUCGUCCGGAGUGGUGCUACACCAGCGAGUGCACACCGGCGAGCGGCCCUUCCCCUGCACGCAGUGCGGCAAGUGCUUCCGGCAGAGCACCCACCUGCGGGAGCACCUGCGCACCCACUCGGGUGAGCGGCCCUUCCGCUGCGAGCUCUGCGACAAGAGCUUUGUACAGAGUAUGCACCUGGCCGAGCACCGGCGCACACACACCGGCGAGCGGCCGCACGUCUGCCUCAUCUGUGGCAAGGCCUUCCGGACGUUCUCCAACCUGCGCAACCACCGCAAGACCCACGCCCGCAACCUGCCCGAAAAUGGGCCACAGGCCGCCAGCACCGCUGGCGAAGGGGCAGCGGCGGUAGUGUUAGAUGCUUCAUCAGUGGACCUUGCGGGCGCAGUACCCGGAAUCUGUCCUCAGGGGGAGCCGCAGGUUAUCCAGAUACAGACGCAGCAGCUGCAGCAGACCCAGAACACCCCCACCAUCAUGUGUAAUGAGUUCGGGGAGACGAUCGCCAUCAUUGAGACCAGCGAAGGAGGGGCGCUGCCCUUGGCGGAGGCCAUCGAGAUCUACCACACAGCCCUGGAGAACAGCCUGGGUAUGGACUCCAUAACGGUGGACAGCCUACAGCUGCUCUGAGCACUGCAGUCGACCAGUCCCAUGGGAGACUAGGGCUAGUAAAAUAAAAGAAAUAAAAACAACUAAAAAAAGUAGUCAGAAGCGACUGAAAUGUGUGUAUAGGGGGUUUGGUUUAACAAUCAUAUGAUAAGCCUCGUAACAGAGCAUAAUGCACUGCAGAAGUGAGCUAUACACAUUGAGCUGUUGUGCACACACACGCUGUAAAGACCAGCAUGCGGCGGGGGAGGGCAGGGCCAAGGACUCUGCUUCCCAUGUGGUCUAUGCAUCCCUCUUUACAGUUUGUACAUUUUUUUUUUCUUUUUUGUAAAUGUGAUUUUUACUUCAGCUGUUAAAUUGAAUCUCAUUUCACUGUAAAUAAACAUGACAGUGCUGUUUGAUACCAA